AAGCCGUGGUGAAACCCCAAAUCUACCAGAUGCGAGGCGGGCUAACCUAGUGGGAACCACAAAGGACGGCAGCAACAUGGAGAAGUAUUCAUUGUUGGCUGAUUCCAGCGAAAAAACAGACACAGACUUCAUCUGGUCCAAUCGAAGGCUCUUCAACCGUGUCACUGUCAUGGCGGCAGGUCAGUUUGCCCCCAACAACCUACCGCCUCCACCGAACUACGUCAGAGAUCCAAUCUUUGGGAUAACAAAGCGCCUUUGUCAGGAUCGAACACACCAGACAAACUGGCAACGUGGGAAGUGCCAGACGCGUGGUUCUGAACCAAACCGAGUCUUGCAAUACUCAGAUCGGCAGCUCGCCAUAUACAGGCAUCUACAACUGCACCAUCACUCCUAACUUCGACCCGCGACUGGACACGGGGGACAUCGUGAAGUUGAGCUUUCACGCUACAGGAGGCGGCGUUCGCACUCUCCUUAACUUUAACAUUGGCCCUAACAGCGAGUACAGGCGAGACAGCUUUGUUGGAGUGAGCGACUCCAUGGCGGUAGAAUUUCGCUUCGACAUCGACACACCGCCAAGGCAUCCAUGUCUGUCAUCGGGAAGUUGUACAAAUGAUGUCUUCAUGCUGCGAACACAGGACAUCACAAAGAAUCCUCUGACGAUUCAGUGGAAAGGCUGGACUGAUGACGAGUCCGGCAUGUUCAGAUAUGCGGUGGAGGUCUUCAAGUUGUCCGUGUCGUAGAAGAUCAACUGGAAAUAAGGAACCCGCUCAGCCCUCUCUUCAUUAAUGAAACAAUGGAGACUGAAGAAGGCAGACAACGGGGAUACGAGCAGCGCUACACGCCGCAAGACCCAGGCAUGUACGCCAUCAUCCUGGAGGCCUCUGACCGCGCCAACAACAGCAAGUACAUCCGCCGCCUCGUCCUGUACGACCCUGUCUCCACUGUGACGUCAGAUCCGCUGCACCCCUUCCAUGCCACAACGGCUAGCCCCGCCGCCAACUUCACCUUUCAAAGUAGUUUGAAAGAAAUAACCGUUACGUGGGCCAGACACUUCCUGAACAAGCUGCACGAGGAGCAGAGUUUGCUGGGAUCAGUGAGGGAAUACCCUCCUCAGCUAGAAGACUUUCGGAAGACGAUCCCAUACAGUUCUCAGGAGGACGAUCACGAGGGGUUAAGGACAGUAGAUAACAUUCCCAACGUUCGUGGAAUCGUCAGGUUUGAAGUGGCCUACAACAAGGACAACCAGGGCGGGGGCAGCCAACCUGCAGAGCCAGGAGAGGAGCAAUGGAAGCAAGUGGGGCUUAAUCAGCAGUUCACUUACCCCGACGCCCUUAACAAUGCUGAGACGUAUACUGUGUGGGUGCGGGCUCACGACAUGCUGGGCAACACGCGCACUGAACGCACCCAGGUGACUAUCGACAACACGGAGCCUGAUGCCAGAGACCAGUCGAGUUCCAGAUGAACGUGCCUGUACCCGGCAUCGACUUCAGUUCUACAUUUAGGCUGUCCGCAGAGGACAGGGAAUCUGGAAUUGCAUACGUCAAGUGGACGUUCACGAGGGCUAACGGAACCAUCAUCUACGAAGAAAAAGUGCCCGGGAAACAAGCUCAGUCAUGCAAAGACUUCCGCGAGUGCUACGCUACACCAACAGGUCAGAUUUUUCAGUUCGAUCAGUCCUUUUCUGUGAGCAACUGCCACAUGAUGGUGGAAAAGGAAAACCUGGCAACAGAGGAGGUCACAGUUACCAUCGAGGUCACGAACGCAGCGGGACUCGUCAACAGGCAGAUAAUGAAGAAAAAAGACCUUACUGCUCUGAAUGGAACAGAAGCAUAUUUUCCUCCCCAAAACGUUCGAAUUUUGCAACUGACUGACACCAGCGUCACUCUCACCUGGGAUUUUCCCCCUGGGUGCUUCGCUCGCUCCGAGAUUUGGGUCACGUACGUGCAAGAUGGCCAGCAAGUGCAGAGAAAAGUUCACAAAGACGCACGUCAACUCGACCUGACGGCCUUGACCCCUGACCAGGACUAUGACGUCAGGCUGGUCACCUUGUACGGCCAGCAACGCAGCGACGCCGGGCGCUUCACACUCAGGACGCUCGAUUCGUCUGUAUCUGGGUCAACAGUGGCCGGCAUCAUCAUAGGUCUCCUGCUGCUGCUGCUGUUGCUGGUUGUGCUGGUGCUGUUCGUGCUGUGGCGGAAGGGGCUGGCGUUCCAGGGCGACAUAGCCCAGCGGCGAAUCAACAGGCUGCGAAGCAGCAUUCACUGGAAGAAGAAACAUGACUUUGUGAACGAUUCGCACGAAGUGCAGCGGCUGUCACAAAAUCAGGAUGACCUGUACCUGGCUCCAGGUCAGGUCUGGGACACUCGUCCUUCAUGGCAGAUUGAUGCACACCGACUGACUUUGCUGGACCAGGUAACGGAGGGCAAGUUUGCUACCAUCUACAAGGCGACACUGAAGAGUUCUGACAAAACCUUAACAGUGGCUGCCAAAGUUCUCAAAUCCAACUUUUCUGAAGCCGAUUCCAACAAGAUGAUGAACAAAAUCAACUUUCACGCUACUGAGGUUGGUCGCCACGAAAACGUGUUGGCCAUGAUCGGAGCUGUGUUAGACAGCACGCACCUCGGCCUGUUAUGGUGCUGGAGUUCUGUGAGAUGGGUCAGCUGGACGCAUGGCUGCUCAAGCAGAACGGGAAAGCUGACGAAGAGACUAUGGAAAAGUUAUACCGUUUCUCCAGGGACAUCGCUUGCGGCAUGAGCUACCUGGCCUCCAAAAAGAUCGUUCAUGAGAGGCUUGCGGCUCGCAAUGUCCUACUGACCUUUUUCUUGGAUGCCAA